AUGGCAAGCAAUAUUCCGAAUACCAUAAACAUCGUUGAUGUGCUUCCCGCCCCUAGUCUACCUACCUCCACUACGCAAUCGACCUCAUCUCGCUCUGCCUCCGGGACUUCUCGGUCUGCAAGCCAACAAGUUCUGGCUCAGUCGGGCUUUUGGGCCGUUUGGAUCGUUGUGGUUGGGCUCCUUGGUGGCGCCGGCUUUAUUAUUUGGAGGCCAGCCUCUAAGGGCAAUGAUCCUGAGAAUAUCACCCCUAAAGAUGUUAUUGGUGUUGAUGCCCGUUCCCCUCCGACAAACCCCGAGACUCCAGAGACCUCUGCGCCCUCUACCACACCCAAGAAGAAGAAGACGAAGAAGAAGAAGAAGCGGCUGACCACCACAAAAUUCACCAACUUCACUACCUCGGCGCGUAAUACUCUCCACCGGAUAAAAGAGGGCUGGACAAAUCAGCUGCUGGCUGGACUGAACGGCUCGAAUUCAAAUGGACUCAAUAUCAAGCUUGUCGGCGAGCUGAAAGUUCCUUGGGUGCAGGCGCAUAGACUAAGUGAUGCGAUUACCAACAACCACGCCGGACUCGUCAUCAAGCUGGCACAGCCCCUGAGAGACAUGCAGGAGCUGAGUUGGGCUUGGGAGGUAUGGUACUCCCCACCCGUUCGAUCAAUCAACUACUAUAUCCCAACCCCUCUAGCCUCCCAGGGGGCUGGUAAUAACGACACAGAGCAUUGGGUGGAGCCUAAGUGA